AAAAUAAAUAGAAGCCGUUCAAUCCUCCCCACUUUUCGUUUCCGUCUCGUCCUCUACCGCCGGGUGCUGCUGACCCCGCCGCUGUUGCUGCUUUCCGUCCGGGCCUCCCUUUCCUGUACCUGGAGGUUGAGACCAAAGCAAAUAAUUACAUGACAACAAGUUUCGAUACAAGAUUGGCUGAACCAACACCCACUGCUAACAUGGAAACAUACACCACGGAUGACGCGCUUGCAGCCAUGGGAUUUGGGAAAUUCCAAGCUCUUGUUCUUGCUUAUGCAGGCAUGGGUUGGGUUGCAGAAGCCAUGGAACUCAUGCUGUUGUCGUUUGUUGGACCAUUGGUUCGGGAGGAAUGGAAUGUCUCCGCCCAGGAUGAGAGUCUACUCUCAAGUGUAGUGUUCGUUGGCAUGUUAAUAGGAGCAUGUACCUGGGGUUAUAUUUCUGACACAUAUGGGCGAAGGACUGGUUUACUGUGUUCAACUCUGUUUACUUCUGGGAUGGGUUUCCUCAGUGCUUUGUCUCCCAACUAUUUAUGUCUGAUGGCUCUUCGAUUUCUCGUUGGCGUAGGAGUGGGUGGCGGGCAUGUGUUCUCGUCUUGGUUUUUGGAGUUUGUUCCUGCACAAAAUCGUGGCACUUGGAUGAUAGUUUUUUCCUUUUUUUGGACUAUUGGCACAAUCUUGGAGGCUUCGCUUGCAUGGGUUGUCUUAUCAGCAUUGAGUUGGAGGUGGUUGCUAGCUUUGACCGCCCUUCCUUGUUUUCUCUUGCUUCCUUUCUUUGGAAUUACACCAGAAUCGCCACGCUAUCUAUGUGUUCAAAAUAGAAUGUCUGAUGCAACACUUGUUCUGGAGAGAAUUGCUAGGACAAACCAGGCAGAUCUUCCUCCUGGAACUCUCAGAUACCAACGAGACAGCGAAGUUGAUCAUAGUGCUCUUACCUCUGAGAUAGAUCAUCUUCUUCCAGUCAGAGAGGAGUGUGCAGAUGAUAAUGCCAUAAGCUCCAAAUCUGGUAGUGCUGUUGCAUUGCGCAGUCUACUGUCACGGAAAUUGUGCAGAUCAACUCUUCUGCUUUGGUUUGCUUUCUACGCUAGUUCCUUCGCUUAUUAUGGACUAGUCUUGCUGACUUCGCAACUGAGUGACGCAAAUAGUAGCUGCGCAUCUGGGCUGGGAUAUGUGAAUAGUGAAGAAGAUGCCAACCUUUACAAAGAUACAUUCAUUACAAGUUUUGCAGAGUUUCCGGGUUUAGUUGUGUCUGCUGUUCUUGUUGACUGGUUCGGCCGAAAAGCUACAAUGUGGUGCUUGCUCUUCGCAUGCUGUGGUUUUCUUGGACCACUUGUGUUUCAUCAGACUGAGCUAUGGACAACUGCCCUUUUAUUUGGUGCCCGCGGCUGUGCCAUUGGUAGCUUCACAGUUCUAUGUUUAUAUGCCCCAGAGGUAUAUCCAACCUCAGUACGCUCGACUGGUGUUGGAAUUGCAACCGCCAUUGGUAGAAUCGGUGGUAUUGUUUGCCCCCUUGUAGCCGUUGGGAUGCUGAGAAGCUGCCAUCAAAUGGAAGCCAUCGUUGUGUUUGAGGUGGUGUUAUGCCUCGCUGCAAUUGCUUGCAUGCUCUUCCCUGUAGAGACCAAGGGCCGUCAUAUGAACUGAUGGUGCAGGGGUCACGGUGCCAAAGGAAAAA